AUGUGGACUGGAUUACGGCGCUUUGCCGCCGCCGCUAACGGCCCUGCUUGCGUCGCCCUACCUACGGCCGCACUGCCUCCGGCCGACCACUCCUGCUUUUGGACCUUCCCCACCAAAUCUCAACCGCAGGGCUACGCCUCCGUGACCCCCCUGGCGCUGACCCCCGGCCACGCCUGCCUGCUGGGAUCCAUCGCGUCAUGCGCGCCACGCCUGGUCAGCCUGAGUGUGUCCGGCAAGGUGGAGCUGCCGGGUCCCACCCUGGCCGCCCUGCUGGGGGGCCCGCUGUCGGGGCUGCGCGCUCUGGCGCUGGACGUCCACUUCUGCGGCUGCGGCAGCGGAGCCCUGGACGGCCUGCGGGGCAUGACAGACCUGGAGGCGCUGGUCCUGCGCCACCGCGGUGCCGGCAAGGUGCCGCUGUCCCUGGCGCAGCUACCGCCCUCCCUCACCAGCCUGGCCCUCAAGAAGGCGCUGCUCACGCUGGAGGACGACGGGGCAGACGCGCGCUGGCAGCAGCAGCAGCGGCGGGGGGCGGCCGCAGCGGAUGGGGCGCAGGGGCAGGCACAGGAGGGGCCGUCAGAGCAAGGGGAGGCCACUCUGGGCGCGACGGGCCGCCCGCCAGCGACUGCAGAGCCUGUCAGCAGCAGCAGCAGCGGCAGCAGCGGCGGCGAAGGAGGCGGCGGCGCCGCCCACGCGGCCGCGCUCCCGCCCCGCCCGCCGUCGCGGCAAGGCGGAGGCCCCGCGCCGCGCCCGGCGCCGGUUGCGCUAGCACCGCCGCGCGGCGGGGACGAUGGCGGCGCCGCUGCCGGCCCGAGCCACGCUGUGACGUCGCCCCAAUUUGUGAGGGCCGUGGCGCUGGGCAACAUUUCGACACCAGACAUGGCACGCCUCGCGGCGCCGAACCCAGCCUUCAGCGGUGGCGCCCGCGGCAGCGGCGGCGUGAUCAGCGGCCGCGCUGCGGCCGGCGGCGCCUCCCCGCGUGGCAGCCAGGCCGUGGCUGGCCCGGCUAGCACGAGCGGCUGCGGUGUUGGCGACGGGGUUGGGGACAAGCGUGGGCAGCCUGCCGCCGAGGAGCUGGCUCCCUGUUUGGCCCGCCUGCGCGCUCUGUUCCUGCACACGUGCCUGACACAGGCGUGCGUGGCGGGCUGCGUGGCGGGCGUGUCGUCACAGCUGACGCAGCUGGCGGUGGUGGGGCCCGACGUGGGGGCUGGGGAGGAGCAGGAGGCGUGGCUGGCUGAGGUGGCGGCGGGGCGGCUGCGCGGCGUGCAGCGCUGCGGCGCCGGCAGCGGCUGA